AUGUCUACAGAGUUGACUCGUCAUGUUAGCUUGAGAGCUGGUCCCUGGGCUCUACAGAGUCUUGUGAAACAUUAUUUCAGGGACAAGAAGAGCAAGGCAAAAGAGGAUGGCGAAUCUUUGACUGAUGAUCUGCUUUAUAACGAGAUAUUUCAUUUCAUCAAGGUACGUUCGUCACCUUUCCACUUGACAUGUGUCGAGAAGCACACAAUUGAGGAUCUACAGCAGCUCACCAAUGCGCGAACGCCAACGGUACCUUGGAUGAUAAAGACUCCUGUGGUCAUACCAAUGGAAGUGUGCGAAGAGGCUGCGAAGAAGCUUGUCGAAGUCUUGGGUGGUGGGGGAAAGACGCGCCAACUUGUCGGUGGAACAGUUUGGUGGCAAGUGCGCAGUAUCAGAGGCAUAAAUGCCCAAUGGAUCGUGGCGAAGAAGGAUCACCAGCGUAUUAAAGAAGAAAGAAGGGAACGACGAAAGUCUGAAAAAUCCAGAAGACCAGUUUCGGAGAAUGAGGAUGAAGUGUCUGAAUACGAGCCUGAGAUGAACGAGCUUCCGUGUAUCUUGUAUUUCCACGGCGGAGCGUAUUUCUUUGGUAAUAUUGAUACCGAGAGUAGAUAUUCGAUCCAACGAAUGAGCCGCAAGUCUAACUGUCGCAUCCUCACGGUAUCAUAUCGACUUGCUCCUCAAUACCCAUUCCCCUGUGCCUUGCAGGACGCUUUGGCCGCAUAUUUAUAUUUAAUUCGUCCUCCAUCGGAUGCAAAGCAUGCGCUCGUUGAUCCGAAGCAACUUAUCAUUUCAGGAGAUUCAUCCGGCGGUGGUCUCACUCUCGCUCUUUUGCAGGUGAUUCGUGAUCUUGAACUACCCAGACCAGCUGGUGGCAUCGUUAUAUCGCCUUGGUGCGAUCUCACACAUUCUUUUCCUAGUAUCCAUACCAAUACGGAUACGGACGUUAUCCCAAAGUACGGACUUUCGAUUUUCAGACCUUCUGUUCUGUGGCCGCCUCCCUCUGAUGCGCAUACGGAUGAGAUGCAGGCUACGAUUCGUAGGCAUGUGAGUAACGCAUCGGGUCAUGGUCAUAAAGGUCGAAGUCGUCAUGGUGAGAGGCACACCGAUCAUGGGAAACGAGAUCAUGCCAGUGCGUCAGGGACACCACUGAACACGGGCUCGUCGGCGUCUUUGCCGAUUGCGGGUAAGACGAGCGACCAAACAAUGCGUGUGAAGACAGAGAACGGUGAUGUGCUGGAAGUGCAUGACCAGCUGCAUAUGUAUGCGCCUAACUCACUUUUGACGCAUCCGCUUGUGAGCCCAGCGUUGUCUUACCUUGGCGGGCUUCCUCCGCUGCUGGUGAUUGCAGGUGAUGGUGAAGUCUUGAGAGACGAAAUCAUAUAUACAGCUCACAAGGCUGCUGAUCCUAAACGAUAUCCUGUCAAGUCCGAAGCAAGGAAGCUGUAUCCAAAAUUGGAAGGCAUAGAAGGGCGGUUUCGGCCGACGAAGGUACAUCUGCAGGUUUAUGAUGACGCAGCUCAUAUUUUUCCUGUCAUCUUCUUUCUCUGCAAGUCCGCACAAUUUUGUUUCGACGCGAUGACAACGUUCAGCAAGUAUGCUCUCGGGACGCUUCCUUCGGAGACGGAAAGUAGCACGGAUGACGAAGCUUCGCCGAAAAAACAGAGAGCUGAGAGAUCAGGAUCCGUUUCCGGUACUGCUCCGAAGGAAUCAAGGCGUAGCUCUGGAACUAUCGGAAGAGCCAUUGACUCUACUGGAAGAAAGAGUCAAAGUCAGUCAACCACAGGUAGUGACAAAAGAGCUUCGUCCCAGAUCAAGAAAGUGAGGCUUGCAGGCGAUGCAAGUGUAUAUCAACAAAUACCGGAAGGGUCUAAUUCGCCAUUCGUGGGGCAUAUAAUAAGAGAGCGAGUCUCCGCACAGGGCGAGGUGCGCCCACUUGAAGAACCAAGCAAACUGGGCGCGUGCACAAUGCCUCUAGAAAGCGUUGGUGUAGUGAGUGAACUCGUGCUACGCAGAUACAUUGAAGGAAAAACGAAGUGGAAUGAAAGAUUCGCAAGAGGUAAGGGGACGAUUAAGAAGAAACGCGAGACGAGUUUGGAGCAUGUAGAGAAGGUCCCUGUGAAAACUAUUAAAGAGCUCCAAGAGAGUCUUUUACAGAAGGGGGUUGAACAGCAACAGGGUGGUGCCACAGCUGAAGCAGGAGCCAAUGCCAGUCGUUCGGAGGCAAGUUGGGUAUGGGCGUGGGCAGAGGACCCAGAGGAACGUCCGCCUCCAAGCAGUAUCGUUGCGAGACUCGACACGAAGGAGGCGCUUCAGCUAUCCAAGACGGCAGACGAGCCACCUGCAGAUCCUAGCAGGACCAGCCUGUGGUCGGAAAUUGUGCGGAGAAUCGGUAGUGGUGGCAGUGAGAAAGGUGGGUCCGAAGUGAAGCGUCGUGGAUCUCAGCGAGCGUCAAAAAGCGGACGGGCUGAAUCCCCACAUGAUUCUGAUCACCAGUUGGAAAAGACGCUAUCACGGAGUGCAUCACAGACACAUAGGCAUUCGAGAGGAUCCGGCUCGCAUAGUCACUUGAAGCGAGACUCAGAGCAAGAGCAAUCACCGAGGCAGAGUACAACGCAACAUUGAGUGCAUACCCACGGUUCGUUGUGGAGUAUUCUGUAAUCAUAGUAAGCAUAGUAAAUGGAUGAUAGUGUCGG